GCCGAAACGAGGCGGAGACGGACGGCAGCCUGCUGCGCGCCUACCUGGAGGGCGUGCGCCGCGGCGACGCACAGGCGUGCCAGGAGGCGGAGAGCAGCAUGCGCGCAAAGGUGAGCGUCGCGCAGAACCGCGUGGUGGAGCUUCGCCGCAUCCUCAACGCGCUGCGGAAGGAGGCAACAGAGAUCAAGGAGCGCUGCGCCACUCUCUCGGCGUGAAUGCGACGGGGAGAACGGUUAACGGCAACAACAACAUGGGCGGAAACAGAAGAAGUGGGCUGUUGCGGGGAGAAGAGUUGACACCAUUGCGGACAGGAGCGAGGACGUGGGUUGGCUUCCCUUAG